AUUUCCUUCUUCACCCCUUACUCCUUAAUCCAAACUAUCCUCUCUAGACUUUUGAUAUGACCAGAAAUAUAGAUGCCUCAUCAAUCCGUGAGCGGCUUCUAAACAGCAGCUCCGCGACACUCCGCCCCUCGUCCGGUAGCGAGGUGUUUGCCGGCUACAUGCACAAGAAGAGCCGGCGCGGGCAGUGGCAGAAACGACUCGUGGUGCUCGACCACGACGCGCUCGCCCUCUACACAGACAAACCCAUGUUCCUCUCCAACUGCUCAUUCGAAUCGACCCCCAAGACAGCCCAGGUUUCGUCCCUCCACAGCCGCUAUGUAGCAUCACCCAAAUGGUACAUUCCGGUCAUAGACAUAUGCGAUGUCAGCGUGCAUGGCUCCAAGGGUGUGCUCGUGCAGACAUCAAACAGAGUGAUUCCGCUGCUGGCCAAGAACAAAAGCGCCAGGGAUAUGUGGGUGGAGGCAAUCGAGUUCCAGCGCAGGUUUGUCAGGGCGCAGAGGUGGAGCGACAGGAGCGGGCGGGGAACACAGCAGAGCGUUGCAGUGGACUUGGAUAUGUUUGACGAGACCGACAAGACAAUAAUGUCGGCAGUGUCGUCGUAUCUCCUCAAAAACGGACGCCAGUCGUAUGAUGGGAUGCGGGCUCCGAGGCCGAGCAACGACUACAAGGGAAUUCCUGCAGAGCUACUUGCAUCUCGACACUUCAUGCAUCAGUCAGCUUUCCGCAACAGCACCUACAUUUGAUAAUUUCUCGUAUCUUUACCUACAGAUAUGAUUUCAUAGUCCAAGAAGUAUCCGACCAUCUGCUAGAAC